GGCAAAUCUCUGUUAAUUACCUGCUGGGGCUCAGGUUGCACAUGUGAAUGCACCCUUACCAAGCAACCUCUUUUUACCCUAAAUACUCAAAAAGUCCAUCUUUUAGGUAAAGGACGGAGCUGACCUCCACUGAGAUGACACCGGGGGAAUUACCAUUGUGUCUUAUAAACUGUCACCCACCUGCCUUGCUUUGUGCACUGCCUCCGGGUUGUAACUCCCUGACAUCCUAUCCAGCAUCCCUUUCUUUUUCACUAUCCUGCCCUGAAGUUACCCCAUUCAUGCCCAUGGAUGUGGAGUUAGGAAUAGAGAAUCCUUGGAGCCUUUGAAGAGAGAUGGGGACCUGCAGAAGGGAAGAGGGCUGGGCUCCAAUAGGAAAGAUCAACGGGCAGAGGAGAAGAUACCGUGCAGACAAAGAAAGAAGCAAGCACGGAGGGGUGCAAGGUCCCUAUUGCCUUUCUGAAGCACAUGCCCGACUAUGGCCUUUGUUUGGCAAAGGCCAACUGCUAGUUUAAUUACACCCUCUUCCUCCACAGCACAGCAUGCCAAUCCUGUCCCAAGAAAACCAAACACAUUUCACUUUUACUCCCCAACUGCAUGUAGCUUAGAAUUCAGAUACCGACAACUUCAACACUCUCCUCUCGAUGUCGUGUUUGCAUUCUCCAUCUCUCCUCUCCCCUUCGCUUUGUAUACAAAGUCUUUAUCAGCCACCCUAGCAACUUAAUCUAUGUUGCAUUUCAUUCCAUCAUUUUAAACACUUAUUUCCUUGUUAUACAUUUGUGUUUACCUAAGACUAUAAGUCUUUUGGGACAAGGGCCCUUAUUUGCUUUGUGCUAAAACUAGGCAUUAAUGGUUGCAGAUUGAAUUUACUAAAUCAGUUCAUCUAUAGGUAUUAUAUUAUCAUAUUGAAUGAUUGUCAGCUGGGGUUGCUUUUACCCUGAAGGGGAAUGCGGCAAUUUCUGCAGACAGUUUAAGUUGUUGCAGCUGAGAGACAUGCUGCUGGCAUCUAACGGGCAGAUACUAGAAAUGUUGCUAAGGGCUCUAUGUGGAACAGUUCCCACCAGCAAAGAAUGAUCUGGCCCAGACUGAUAGCGAGACAUCCUUAAAUGCACUGUUAAGUUUCCUAUAGCAUACACUGAAAUAAGCCCUUUAGCCCUAAUGCAGACUCCAAGACCUGCAAGUGGCCUAGUUAUUCUUUAAGAGUUUCUCAAGCUUGUGGGUGCAUUAGCAUCUCCCGGAGAGCUUGUCAAAGCACUAGAGUCUGGAUCUCCUCGCAAGUAUCAGAUUUUGCUUUGUUGGAAGUUCUUGAGCGGUGCUGAUGUUGGCUCCAGACCCUCAUUUUGCGAACAGCUGCUUUAAAGAGCACAGGUAACUAGAGGAUUGAUUCACGCUUUUCCUCCUCAAGGUCAUAGCCACAGUCUGGAGAGGCAACCUUGCUGGACAGCCAGGACUUUCCUGGUCCUGUCUCUCUCCACUCAGUAUCUGCCAGAGUGUCUGUGGCUGGCCAUGCCUUAAUAUACCACACAGACCACAUUCUAGAGAUCAAAUGGUAAUAGCGGGAAAUCUACGCCUCUCUCUGCCCUCUCCCCCUGCAUUACCAGUUACCAUCCAGAGGUCCAGGACCCUGAACAGUAGAUGACAUCUUCCCUCCUACAUCCACGUACCAAUCCUUGAGAGUAUCUGCUCCGAAUCAGGCUUAAAGGAGGAGCCCAGACUCAAGAAUAUUGAGUGUCAGCAAGAAAUCUAUUGAAACAAGUUUGUUACAUCAGUGGUUUUCAAAGUGUGACCCUUGGACCAACAUCACCACCCAUACAAAUUCUUGAUCCUCACCCCAUUAUCUGAAACUGAGAUUGGAAUCUAGUCAUGUGUAACAUGCCCACUGAGUGUUUCUGUUGCUGGCUCAAGAUAUAGACGUACAGGAAAUACCCCCCGCCCCUCAAGAACUCCUGAUGUGGACUGUUUUCCUUUCCUACCUGUGGAUGCUAGCGAUGCCCACAGCAUCAGUACUCUCACAAAGACUUCCCUGUAGGGCCUCUGCGCCCAACAGGAAAGAGCAAGACCACCUCGGUAGAAUCUGCCAUUCGUAUGCAGGGUUUUCUGACUGUCUCUGGUAUGGCAGGGUGCUGGAGGUAGAAAAUACCAGCCCUCAGACACCCAGACCCUGGCGGGAUCGCCUCGGGCUGGGGAAGGAGAUGAUGUGGGCCGGUUUUCUGGGGUACCCGGCUGGCGUCCCGCCCUGCGUUCCUGCGUAAACAGGCGGUUCCCUCGGCAACGCCUGGAACCCACGUCAAGGUUCUACCAGUGCGGGGUGGUGACCGCCCCGUUUCGGCCGAGCCCCACCCACUCCUCGCUGCGGCCGCUUGGGUUCGCUCAGCCCUUCACCCUGCUGCGGGAUGAGCAAAGCUGCGACCUGCGCGGGGUCCCAUGGAGGAGCAGGAGCGGCCCCCCGGCCGCCCGCCCGCGAGCGUGGCCUUACCAGGCAGCGCUCAUUCGGGAGGGGUGGCUUCCACGGUCACCGCGGCCGCGCUGUCGUUCAGCGCCGUCGCCACGGUAACGCUGGGAAACCAGAGUGAUGCGGGCCGGCCCGAGGCGGCGGGGUCUCGGGGACCUGCGCCGCUGCUGUGGCACGGGGCGGCGGUGGCCGCCCAGGCACUCGUGCUCCUGCUCAUCUUCCUGCUGUCUAGCCUGGGCAACUGCGCGGUGAUGGGGGUGAUCGUGAAGCACCGGCAGCUGCGCACGGUCACCAACGCUUUCAUCCUGUCGUUGUCCCUGUCGGACCUGCUCACCGCGCUGCUCUGUCUACCCGCCGCCUUCUUAGACCUGUUCGCGCCUCCCGGAGACUCGGGGCCCUGGCGCAGCUUCUGCGCCGCCAGCCGCUUCUUCAGUUCGUGCUUUGGCAUCGUGUCCACGUUCAGCGUGGCGCUCAUCUCGCUGGACCGUUACUGCGCCAUCGUGCGUCCUCCGCGGGACAAGCUGGGCCGGCGACGCGCUCUGCAGCUGCUGGCCGGAGCCUGGCUGGCAGCGCUCGGCUUCUCGCUGCCCUGGGAGCUGCUUCGGGCGCCCCGGGAGCCCCCUGCUCCGCAGAGCUUCCACCGCUGCCUUUACCGGACCUCCCCAGAUCCCGCGCAGCUGGGCGCCAUCUACAGCGUGGGGUUGGUGGUGGCCUGCUACCUGCUGCCCUUCCUGCUGAUGUGCUUCUGCCGCUACCACAUCUGCAAGACCGUGCGCCUGUCGGACGUGCGCGUGCGGCCGAUGACCACCUACGCGCGCGUGCUGCGCUUCUUCAGCGAGGUGCGCACGGCCACCACCGUACUCAUCAUGAUUAUCUUCGUCAUCUGCUGCUGGGGCCCCUACUGCUUCCUGGUGCUUCUGGCUGCGACUCGGCAGGGUCAGGCCACUCAGGCCCCCUCCUUGCUCAAUGUGGCCGCUGUCUGGCUGACGUGGGCCAAUGGGGCUAUCAACCCUGUCAUCUAUGCCAUCCGCAACCCCAACAUUUCCAUGCUCCUAGGGCGCAAUCGUGAGGAGGGUUACAGGACUAGGAACAUGGAUGCUUUUUUGCCCAGCCAAGGCCUAGGUUUGCAGGCCAGAAGCCUCAAUCACCUUCGAAAUGGCUGUACCAGCAGGCUGGGGGCUUGUAGCAGGAUGCCUUCUUCCAAUCCGGCUAGCGGGGCAGGAGGGGAAGUGGUCAUGUGGGCUCGCAAAAACCCAGUUGUACUUUUCUUCCGAGAGGGACCACCAGAUCCAGUUAUGGCCGUCGGCAAACAGCAUAAAUCUGAAGCCGGGGACAGUAGCCACUAGGAAGGGUUGAGGUGGACAGCUUGGAAUAACAGCAGAUUUCCACCCCUCUCAUUUAGUGAUGCGGGGAUCGGGGCGAAUUGUGAAUUUCAUAAAGUCAAACACUUAAAACUAAAAAGACAGGAAUGAGAGGGUUACCACUUCAUUCCUGAACAUAAAAGUCGCAAAAGGCCAUCCCCUUUCUUCAAAAGUGCCAAAAGGAAUGUGAAAUGCAAAAUUUAAAACAAUCUUAAACCACACAACCAAGUGUUGUGAGGUGUAAGUGCAAAAAAAGCGACAAAAAUAAAAUUUACAGUUACUGAAAAGCUCAUGUUAUAGAAAUUACACUGUGAAACAGAUGCCAUUGAACUCAAAGAUUUAUUCAAAUACUAUUUUUUUUGGAAUGCACAAAGACCCUCGGGCCUGUUUGAAGGCCCCUGUACUUCACCAGCAUUCAACGAAACCAGAUUCUAGAGUCUGCCUGUGUGACCUGCUUUGGGUGCUUAGAGCUGAGAGCUGAAACAGCAUUACACCGAUUGGUGCCCUCCCCUGGAAUUUUUGUGUGAAAUUCUAAAUUUAGAGUCAACUUUGAACCACUUCCAGAUUUUUGAAAAGGUCGUUUAUUACUAGAUAUAAUUCAGUGGUCCAAAGGGCACAUGAACAUAAUAUGAUUGUUUAAGCAGAAGUCCAAUAUUAUACAUAAAAACUGAUGUUCCUCCUAAGCCCGUUUUAGCCCCCAAAUUAGCUAUCUUGGGAACCCAGGCUCUGGCCUUGCUCUAAACUGCUGCUUCUGUUUGAUAGCUUGUGUGGAUGCCACGCCAAGUGCUUUCAUUAAUAAUAAUAAUAAUAACAACAACAACUUUCAUACUGGAAAAAUCUUUGUCAACUGGGAUAACUGUGUUUGUGUUUUUGUUUAUUUUGUUUUUUGAUAGAUUCCAAAAUGUAAUUUGAAGUCAAAUUGCUUGAAUCGGGUGAGUGCUGCUCAAUAUGAAUGUGCACAUAUAUGUAUUGUAUGUACGUCUUUUACACACAGUAUUGGCUGUCCUGCCCACCCUUUAAUUGCCAAAUGUGAUUUCCAAAGAGGAAUUCUAAAAGUAAUAUGGAAAGUAUAGCCACAUCCUUGGAAUAGUCAUAGAAUGUCCUACAAGGACAUGCUUUCUACUAGAAGUUUGGAUAUUUUUUAGUAGUAAAUAUUUUAGCCAUCAUUAGAAAGAUAAUUGGUAUGGGGUUGCAAGAUAAGAUAUAAAUCCAUAAGCACAGGUUGGAGAGAUACCUCAAUCAAACUGAAAUACUUUCGGAAACUUGCAAAAAACAAUUUUUUACAAUAAUCUAGAAGCACAAUCUAUGCUUUGUAUAUGCAAAAUUUCUCACACUGAACGUCACUUUGAUUUUUCCUUCCCUCCUACUUCUCUUUAAUUCAGCAUUCCACAACCUUAGCUGAAUAAUCAUUUUUAAAAGUAUGAAAAUGCAUACUAUGUGACGAUUUUAUUGUGAACUAGCCAGCAUUAUCUUUCUUGUAAAGUGUUUAAGAUGUUUGUUAGUACAUAAGCCUGUAUGCCAGACGAGUGUACAACAUUACUUUGUAAUCAAAGAUAGAAAUACAUGAUCUCUGUCUUGAUGAUCAAAGACUGUUUUAAUUUUUCUUAUUCUCCAGAUAUCACCACAGUCAGAACUUUGUAGAUUAUCUGGGUAUGUUAUUGCUAUGUCGGUGUGGCACGAAGGCAGUGAGGAAAAUCCUCCCUUCUAAAGCCUGUUGUCAAAGGUUAUAGGCUUAAUGCAGCCAAAAGAACACUUAGUGGAUACCUGAUACCUUUGCCUGCCAAAGGGGGGGGGGAUUGGUUUUGGGUCAUGUGAGAAAAUGGAAGUCACUGAUCUACGGGUUUGAGGAGAAGUGAUGGUCUUGACAUCAUGAAACUGACAGCCCAGGAAUUCUGUAUUGCUGUAUGUCAUGAAAAGAGUAUGUGAUUAGGUGGAGGAGGCAAACAUGUUACAUGGUGGGUGUCACCUACGGGGAACUGAAGGAAGGAAUCACACAAUAGACGUGAUAUAGCAUUAGCUUGCCUGAUGAGUGCAGGGGGUGAAAUCUAAGAUUGGAAGUGACAGGGUGUUGGGCUUGGAGGAAGAGAGGGGAUUCCUCUCUACAUUGUCACUGAAAGUUAAAGUCAUGAAAGAGACGAUUCUAGAAGCCUUUCUGGUAGUCAUUCUCAGAGUCAUAGUUAGCAACGAAAGAGGGAAAACAAAAGUUCAAAUUUAAGUAGGUAAAUAGUGUGUGCUUCUGUGUUUGUGUGUGUGUGUGUGUGUGUGUGUGUGUGUGUGUGCACGCGCGUGCAUACCUUUCAUCUGCAGCUGUAAGACUAUUCAAUGGUAAAAGUAUAAUUUGCCCUGCAAUUUGUUUAGCUUCAUAUCCCUUAUUCCCUUAUCUGUCUAAUGGCAGGGAAAACAAGGAUGAGAUGUUCUGGUACCAUGAUCCUCCUCCUCCCAUCACCAUGGACCACUUUACCUUUGCUUUACCUAAGGGCAGUUUUCUUGGUGCUGAAGCAACUAACAGAAAUCACAGAGCCUUCCUGCAGAAGGCUUUCCACCUUCCAAAGGGCUGUGUGCUUUCUAAGAACUGUCCUUACUGAGUAGACGAAUUAGUUUUCCCUACCACCAGCAGUGUAAAAUGGUUUCUCCCCACAUCCUUGCCAGCAUCUAUUGUCACUUCUCUUUUAAUUGAAAAUAAAUUUUUCAU